GCAAGGACCGUCUUCGUUCAGGAGGCCAAAGUACUUACGCAUCUCAUGCAGCAUCCAAGCGCCAUUCAAUACAUAGUGCGUUUCUACGGUCUGGACGAGCGAAACUCUGCUUUGGUGUUCGAGGCAGUCCUUGGUGGCUCGCUUGAGAAUCUCAGCAGCCGUCUCAGGCAAAUGACAGAGGUUGCGCGGCAUGUUGAGCUGGUGAACAUCUUCCCAGGCUUAGCGGACGACCUCGUCAGCGGUUUACAGUUCGUACAUGGAUCUGGGGUGGUCCACGCAGACAUCAAGCCUGCGAACGUGCUGUUGGACAUCUCAGAACACUAUAGCUCGCAGCGGCCGGUCCUUAGAGCGCGCUAUAUUGACUUCUCAGCAUCUUUCCGCAUGGAUUCCGAAGAUACUACCGCAAACGCUGGCGGUACGUGGGACUACAUGGCGCCGGAGCAGAUGCGGAUCCAGAAAGACCUCAAUACUCCGACCUUUGCAAGUGAUGUUUGGAGUCUCGGCCUGACGCUGCUGUCGCUGAUAGUUGGUGGCUCGCCAUACAUUGCAUCCUGUGGUGGCAACGUCUUCAUGCUUCGGGAAGCUGUUAAGAGUGGUGAUCCGAUC